AUGAACCCCCAAGCAAAACUAGUCUUCACUCUAAGCCUACUGCUAGGUACCACUAUCACACUUUCAAGUAACCACUGAGUAAUAGCCUGAACAGGCCUAGAAAUUAACACACUCGCCAUCCUCCCCCUAAUCUCAAAAUCACACCACCCCCGGGCCAUCGAAGCUGCAACCAAGUACUUCCUAGUCCAAGCAGCUGCCUCAGCCCUGGUUCUAUUCUCCAGCAUAACCAACGCAUGACAUACCGGCCAAUGAGACAUCACCCAACUAACCCAUCCAGUAUCCUCCCUAGUCCUAACCUCAGCCAUCGCAAUAAAACUCGGCCUAGUACCAUUCCACUUCUGAUUUCCAGAAGUAAUGCAAGGCUCAUCACUCCUGACAGGACUACUACUGUCAACACUAAUAAAACUACCACCAAUCGCCCUACUGUUUAUAACUGCCCAAUCCCUAAACUCCUCCCUACUCGUGCUGAUGGCCAUCCUAUCAGCCGCCGUGGGAGGUUGAAUGGGACUCAACCAGACACAAGUCCGAAAAAUCCUAGCCUUCUCCUCCAUCUCACAUCUGGGCUGAAUAGCCAUCAUCAUCACCUACUACCCUAAACUCACCCUACUCAACUUUUACCUAUACGCCGUAAUGACAACAGCCGUAUUCCUAGCCCUAAACUCUAUAAAAGCCCUAAGCCUACCAACUCUAAUAACUGCAUGAACGAAAACCCCAUCACUAAGCGCAAUACUACUAUUAACACUCCUAUCCCUUGCAGGCCUACCUCCCUUAACAGGAUUCCUACCAAAGUGACUAAUCAUUCAAGAACUAACUAAACAGGACAUGGCACCAGCAGCUACAAUCAUCUCACUACUAUCGCUACUAAGCCUAUUCUUCUACCUACGACUCGCAUACUGCACCGCUAUUACACUACCCCCUCACACUACUAACCAAAUUAAACAAUGACGCAUCAACAAACCAGUUAACAUCCUAGUUGCCAUCCUAGUCACCAUAUCCAUCAUCCUGCUGCCAAUCUCCCCAAUAAUCCUGUCCAUCCCAUA